AUGAAGGUGCACUUUAGAAAUGCGGGUGGUGUGCCAACAAUAGACAAGGUCCCAUCGCACUUUCUCAUCAGCGAUAGCUCCAUAUAUCGUACUGCGAAGGAAGAAACUCGAGUGGCCGGGUAUGAUGACCCUCGCGCUGAACUGAUGCGCUAUGUGCCCAUCGAGUAUGGCCAACGCCUUUUUCGCCUGUUCAUGGUACACGUCUUCCCAAGUUUGCCUGUUCUGUCCAGGACGGACCUGGGACUCGGCCCAGAGAACUCGAUACCGGAAAGGAGCAUCCUGGACAAAAUCCCGACACACCUUCUGGCCGCCAUAUAUGCAUCUGCGCUUCCUUUCGCUUCUGAAGAGGAUCACCUCUUAAUGUUCGUUCUAUUCGAGAAACCUUCCGCGUCGGAGCUUUGGCGAAUCGUUUAUCGAUUAAUCAUGGAAGAAAUACAUACCCCAAGGCUAUCUGUAAUGCAGGCUGCCAUAUUGUAUCUCCACAAACCGCAAAAAGAUGACCAAAGCUAUGCGGUGGCAGACACACCUUUCACUUGGUCUUUCAUGGGAUAUGCCGUAGGAUUGGCCCAUUCUCUUGGACUUCAGCUUGAGUGUGGAAUGAUGGGGUUACCGGCAUGGGAAAAGAGGCUGCGAAGGCGACUCUGGUGGGCGUUGUACAUUGAAGAUAAGUUUCUGUCACUGAUGCUGGGGAAACCACCCUAUCUUCGCUCCUCUGAAUGGGAUGUGGUGGAGCUUAGUGAUGAUGACUUUGUAAUAACACCACAGUCUCUCGUCCCGGUACCCAACUUGAAGCUACCGUUUCGCGAUAUGGCUCGCCUCGCAGUCAUUGCUGAAGCAGUGCAGGAGAAGUUGUAUUCUCUGAGGGCUAGUCAAUUGUUGGCCCACGAAAUGGCUUUGUCUGUCGAGACAGCGAGACCCAUCUUUCGGAGUCUGACAAGCUGGCGCGAGUCCCUUCCCUUGGCAUCAGCGACGGGUCAUAUUCUUCACGACACAACCUCGGGCACACCGUCUCCAUAUCCGGCGACAAUAUACAAUGCAUAUCUUAUUCUAGUUGCAUGUGUAUGGAGAGCGAUUCUCCGAACGACGGUCAAGUCGUCUGAGCCAGCGCAGAUUAUCCAUGUCGAGGACCCGGCAGACGCCACUGUGGCAUUCCUCAACGAUCUUCGAUGGGAGUUCCACCAUCUCCCUGAAAUGGACUUUCGACUGGAUCACGGACAUAGAGAAAACGGCACGAUGGUGGGUGAGUUGUACGAGGCAUCAUUAGGUUGCGCAGACACUUUGGUCGAUUUUGUGUCAAAUCUUGCCGCGCCUUCCUUUGGUGAAUUUUGGCACUCAUGGUCACGCAUAGGUUUUGCUUUGAUGUCCAACUUUCUCAUGUUGCUCUUGGUGCAAGCGCCCGACUUUGGGAAAGCUGUGGAGGCUAACCGUCUAUUAAUGAAAUGGAAGCAAGUUUUGGACCAUCAGCACCGCGCUUUCCCUCCAUUUCUGUUGGCAAAAGCCCGGCUGGGGUCAUAUUUCUAUGUUGGGCUGGAGGAGACCUUUUAUCUUCCACCGCAUGUACAGCAGGCCCUGCAGCAAGGCUGA